GAAAUUCCAGGUCGCGCGAGCACCUUUGGUGACAAGAAAGAGGAGAAAAAAAAAGCAGUGACCUUUUUUUACUUCAGUUUUCUUGUCUUACUCCUUCAUAAAUAGCCCCCCCCUCGUUAGGAAAAGUGAUGCGACUCCUCUGAGAGACAGCCGUCCUUCCUCUUGCUCUCUUCUCUCUUACUUCAAUACUCGCGCAUCGGCGGCAUUUGACCAUGGACUCGGUCUUUGAGUGGCAGCCUAACAGGUUUCUGCAGGACCAGCAGAGCCAGAAUUUUGCUCUCCUGGUGCUCAAUCAGCCUCUCAAGAAUGGCAGCAACCUGCGCAGGCUCUGGAGAAAUUCUUCUCUCCGCAUAGCGGCUGACGGAGGCGCCAAUCGUCUUCACGAGCUCUCGUCGUUUCAAGGCAAAUUUUCAAACCUACAAGUCAUCAUCGGUGAUCUUGAUUCGCUGAGACCAUCGGUUCACAACUUUUACACCUCGCAGCACACCCCUGCCCAAAUCAUCCAGGACGCCGACCAAUACUCCACCGACUUUGGCAAGGCCAUCACUUGGAUCCGCAAGACGCAGCCUCCCGGGACCGAUAUCAUCGCCCUAGGCGGCAUCGGCGGGCGAAUCGACCAAGGCCUCAGCCAGCUCCACCACCUCUACCUCUUCCAAGCCGACCCCGCGUAUGCAGAUGGCCGCAUCUAUCUUCUCUCGGGAUCCAGCUUGACGUUCCUCCUCAAGACCGGCACGCAUCGCAUCCAGGUGAAGGAGGACGGCGAGGAAGAGGUGUUUGGCAAGCACGUCGGAAUCAUCCCGCUCAAGGAGCCAAGCCACAUCACCACCAAAGGCCUGGAGUGGGACGUGACUGAUUGGGAAACACAGAUGGGCGGCAAGCUCAGCACCAGCAACCACGUCCUCCCAGAAACAAAGAUUGUCGAGGUUCAAACGACCAAAGACGUCCUCUUCACGAUAGCGCUUAGCAAUCUCGAUGGCGAGGAAGACGGCUAGAGCAUCGAAUGACUUUGAGGAAGGAAGAGGGACAUUUUAUCACCAUCUCUUGAUAGCUCUUAAAGAAAUUAUGAAUGGCCAUUUCUUUUGAUAUCCAUACCCAACGCCACGGCGCCUUUCCCACAUGCUGCGUCCCCGUUUACCGUAAAUAGUGAAGAACUAGCCAGCAGAAAAAGAAAAAUACAAUCACUCCUGCGAUGAAUAUCCACUUGUCCUCUCGGGCACGGCGCUCGACCAUGCGAAUUGUAUCGCCGCUAAUGCCCAGGGUAUUGGCCACGCCGUACAGCCGCUUCUGCGUGUUCUUCAGCGUUUCUCGCUGCUGGCCCAAGUCCCCCAGCACAGCCUGUCCUCUGGUGAUGAAAUCGUCCAAGGCGUGAUUGGUAUUACUGAAAAAGUUUUGUUCUCGGAAAGCAUGCGCCUCGCGGAACUCGUCGCCAGCGCCAGUCGUCAUCGAAGUGCUGUUUGAGCUGUGGUGCCGAGGCUGAAAGGUGGACUGCGUCGCCGUUGCGGGAGCAUUGGCAUAUGGGUUUUCUGGCGUGGCAUUGUACGGUCUUCUCCCCAGCAGC